CAGCAGCAGCGCCAGCAGCAGCAGCAGCAGCCAGCAGCCAGCCAGCCAGCCAGCCAGCCACAGCCAGCCAGCCAGGCCAGCCAGCCAGCCAGCCAGCCAGCCACAGCUGAGCCAGCCAGCAGCCAGCAGCAGCAGCAGCAGCCAGCCAGCAGCACAGCGAAGCAGCAGCGAAGCAGCCAGCACAGCAGCAAAGCAGCAGCAAGCCAGCCAGCGGCCAGCCAGCU